AUGCUAUACACAUCUCGCCGUCAACAACAUUCCAAAACCGUCCAAGCAAAACUUCGUACAACUGAAGCCAGUAGUUUUGGCCAAGAUGAUGAAAACGAAGCCGACGAUGUCAUCGAACCGAUGGAACUGGAGGCAGAGGAUGAAAGAAUUCAUAUCGAUUAUAAAAAUAAAAAUAUUUUAAAUGACAUCAGUGACCUUUUCGAAAUAUGUAAAAAGAAAUGUGGCCUAAAAUCCAUUAGUUGUCUUCUGUACAUGAGUUUGAGACACGUUGGUAUAACAUAUGAAAAGUGCGACGAUAUUUUAAAAACAAUCGGUGGUUAUACAAGUCAGACAGCACAGAAAUGGACGGAAGUAUUAGUGAAUGGAAAUUUUGGCGAUUUUAUGGUGGAAAAUCGCGGAGGAAAGCACUGUAGUAGUUUUUAUGACUACUUUCCAGAAAUUGAGACGGAGGCAAAACUGUAUAGUUUAGAACGUUGUGGUCAGAAAGCUGCCGAUUUCUCUGCAUUAGAUUUGGCUCAUUUUAUCGACAAAAGAUUCUAUGAAGAGUCAAACAUUGUUAAAAAUGAUGACAGUGCGCUGAUACGUUCGGUGGCCUCGUGUCGCCUCGAUCUAAGGCGUUGGGGUGCAAAGUUCGAUAAGAACUCUCAGCGUCCUUAUUUCGAGGGACACGAGCGCGAUGAUGUCAAAGAGCACCGCUCAAAAUUUGUCGAGUAUUUCUUAACAAGAAAAGCUAAUUAUUACAUGGUUACGGAGGGAGAAAAUCCGGUGUGGAAAGUUCCAACAGCUAAUCCGCCGUGUGUACAUAAUUGCUAUAAGGUCAAGGAAAUAAAUGGGAAAAGAUUGCGCAAAAUUCGUUCCAGUCCUAAGCUCUAGCCGAUAAAGCGCUAUCGUGUGCUGGCACCACCUAGCGAGUUCUAAGAAGAAGGCUAACCUACCAAUGAGUUCAGGGAGAGCCUUAGCCCAUAACUUAACGCAUUUAUGGUGACACACGUUAAAAUUAGACAUCUUUUUCGUUAUUUUCCUCAACAAGCCUCAUAAAAUCUUCCC